AAACCACUUAUAACCUCGGAACUUUAUAUCUGCAUGAACCGAACACCUGACUUUGUGCACAUUUUUUUACGUGCUUACAGAGAUCUCGGAUUGCAAGUUGUUUAGUCUUUUUUUUUGUUAAUUUUUGCUGCCAUGGAAAUUUAUUCCGUGGAUGAAAAUUUGCUCCACGGUUUAAUCGAGCAUGACGCUCUUCUCAUAGAAACCUUGUCGUUGCUGCAAGCUAAAAUUGUGGAAACUUAUAAUAAGACGAAUACCCCGAAAACGAUAGGAACUGGGAUCAAUUGUUUGGCGGCGGGGGCAAGUGUGGGGAGUAUUUUGGGGGGAAUGGCGUUAGCACCGUUGACCGCGGGGGUAUCGUUAGGCUUGGCGGUGGGAGGGUUGGCAGGAAUUCUAACUGGAACCGGGAUAAACGUAGCGGCCGACUUAUUUAAAGGGAAGAAACUAAAAGAACACUUAGCCCAAUUAAACCUCCUCGCAGAAGAGCAUGACCACCAGUUAAGGAAACUUGUCAAAGACCUAAAUUCCGGAAGUGAUCCACGAAAUGAAAUCUUAAUUGAAUAUCUUCUCAAAGAUUACAAAGUCAAUAGCAAAGAAAAAACCUUCUCGGCCAGAAAUCUCGCCACGGACGCGGUCACAUUGACGGGUCGAGUAGGAGUAGUUUUAGAUGCCAGAGAAGCCACCAAAAUUCCACAUGUCGUUAGUGAGAUCACUACAAAUUCCGCCUCCACCGGACUGGUCAUAACGGGGGCGGCGGUGUCUACCGGUCUCGCAGUGACUGGGGCAGUAGCAUCGAUAGGAUUUGCGGUGUGGGAUGUAGUUUCACUAAUUCGAAAAUGGGGCCAAACCCCGACUGCCGAUACCGUGGAGAAAUUACGAUUAGAAAUUGAAAAGGAGAGGGACUGGUUAAAGAAAUUUUUUAAUGUGUGAGUGAUGUCUGUAUAGAAACUGAAUAAUUGUGAUACGAUAUUGACAGGGUUUGCUAAAUACAUAAGUAUUAACAUUUUUAAUUAAAUAAUUUUAAAUGGAGAUUAAUUAAGUAAUUUAUAAACACAAACCCUAAAAUAAAAUAAAUUGCCUAAGUG